UUGCAAGGCCAUGUUAAGCAUAACAAGUUCGUCAGCUGACGAUUCAAGUCAAGAAGACGAAAGAAGAAACAGAUUUGAAGACCAAAAGUUCGAGGACUUUGAACGAAGAAAAGUAAGCUUAUUUGAAGAGAUUUUCAUAAUGUAACUAUAGCCUAGUAAAGCAUGUUAUUCCAUCUAAUUACUAAGUCCAAGAGCCUUCUUAUAUAAUGACCACCACUGUAACUUUUGAUCUGGUCCACCACCAAUUCCCAUGUUGCAUGUUUAAACAAGACUGUAAAACAAUUAUAAUCUCACAUAUAUAUAGUUGAACAUAAAAAGGACUAUACUUUAGAAACUCAUUUUUUAUUGGAACAGUUGAACUAUGGAAUGGUCUAGCUGCCUUCCAUUUUCAAAGUUUUGAACUCUCUAUAUCAGUUUUCACAACUUAAACUUCAAAACGUAUUUUCAUCUAAAGUACAUACAUAUAAGCCUUCGGGCUCGUGAAAGGGAAAAUCCCGCGCCUCGCCUCCCUAAUUUUCGUUGCCCGCGCCUCAACCCCAACCCUUAAAACCGCCGGCUACGCAGGCUAAAUAGGGCGAGGUGCAUGCACGUCAAUUUAGACGAAACUCCUGUUCUUUUCUCCUCUCACAACUAUGGUUGUCUUGUAAUCGUUUCGUUGUUUAGUUUGUUUUGUAAGAUUUCCUUGUAGUCUUAUAAAAUUAUGUAAAAUUUGACAAACCAAUUAAAACUAAACCAAACUAAACUAAAUCCAUUUGAUCUUAAUUUGUAUAGUUUCAUAUACAACCAUGUUGUCCAACGCUAUUAAACUACUUUUCCUCGCUAUGACUCUCGUGUACGUGGCUGCUCGACCAGAAUUCGAGGUCCCUGAAUCAUAUGAAAUGGAGAACGAUGAAAUGGACAGGGAACCACGCCUUAAAAUCCCAGCGCCUAUUCUUACAAAACCUCUGUGGGUAAGUAAAAUGGCCGUUUCUUCAUGUAAAAGUUCCAAAAUAGGUAUGGAUCAUGCUAAGAUUGGGGUUAAGUUUAGGGCAGUGCUGUAGAAGGGGGGGGGGGUUGCUUGGGGGCGGAGCCCCCCUUCUUCAAACUCUGGGGGGGGGGGGCUGAGCCCCCCUUCUAUUUUAGAAAAUUAUUAUGUCACAGAGGAGAUUCAGUCAUCUGGCGAUACUAAAUACCGAAUGUACUCAUGUCCAAGAACGACAAGAGAAAACGUAACUUUGGUUCAUUUACGGAGCAGGAUCUCUGUUACAAUCUCAACAAAAAUAUUUUGUUUUGAUUUUAAAAACUCCAGCAGAAUUAGUCAGACUUUUGAAAUAUAAUUAGUUUGGACUAUCACAGACUUUUUAAAAUACGUUAAGUUAUUCCUUGCACAUAAUUAUGUAGAUUAGUUCAGUCUUCAUUAGUAUGCUGGACAGGUGAUUGUUUCCAUUUAUUAUUUUCUUGUUAUGUAUUAGUGGGCUCGCACUUCCCAAAAAAAAAAUUUCUAAGAAAGGUAAGGACGAUAAGUAUGGAAAAUGCAAUUUAAAUUACGCUUAAAUAACGCAUUAAAUUUCGAAAAAAGAAAUCUAUUCAAGGAAAAUGUACUAAGCGAAUAAAUUUUACCCAUAUAUAAUGGCUUGUUUAAUUAAGAGUCGUUCAAGAAAUUUUUAAGAGAAACUAGCAGGUUUUAUUGCAUUUCCGGGGCUCUGAUUUCAAAAUUAGAGGAAUUUAUUGCAUUUCCGGGGCUGAAAGAUUUCAAAAUUUCCCGGACCUCUCAGUCCCGGAGGGCUCACGCCAUCGGUGUUCGCUAGCCCCCCCCCAGCCAACCCCCCGCCAUCAAAAAAUGCCGCCGCGGUAAGGGCUAUAUGUUUACUCCUGGUCAGCGUAUGGCUCACCCCUGGUCGUCGUGUGACGUCACGGUUUUUUUUACGAUUUCACGGCUUCACGCUCGUCAAGAGAUCCCCCCCCCUCUGGUAAAUUUAGUUCUACAGCACUGGUUUAGGGUAAUGAUCAAAUAAGAGUCGAAAAAUGAUUUUUUUCAGAAGAAAGCUUUAAUUCCAGAUUUUUUCGACAGUUCUAAGCUGUAUAUAAGCAUUUUACAAUAGUAGCUAAAUGCAAAAACAUCUGGGGUGACAGUUUUCUAUUCCACAAGUUCGAAAGUGCCGAAAAAAUUCUUCACUUUUCAUCUCCUCAAAAAAUAACUUUGAAACUUUUCCACGGUCCCAAAACUUGUUCUGUACUGUAGUGAAUUACAAGUAUUGCUGUCUACUUUGAGCUUUCAUCCUUGCUCAAAUAAAGAAUAUAAUGCCUGCAAAAACUGAAGAAUUCUGAGCGUCAUCAAUGGCUCCAAAUAUGGCGGCCAAGGAAUUGUUCCAGUUCUCUUACAGUUCAUUGGUUAAGGAUUAGGGUUAUGAUUAUAGUUAAGAUUACAGUCAGGAUUAGACUAAGAUUUAAAAUAUUAGGAUUAAUUAAGAUUGGGAUUGCAAUAUAAUGAUUGUAUUUAAAAUAAGGCAUGAUCCAAUAUUUGGGGAUGUAUCGCCGUAUAAAUUCUGGUUGUAAAUUUAAAUAUGAAAAUUGACCCAAACAUUUUUUCUAUUUUUAGCCAUGUCCAUUCGACUGCGGAAAAGUCUGCGUUGUUAAAUAUCCAUUCACCUCGGGAAAUCCACCCGUAUCAAAUAUCUUCUACAUCUGUCACAAAGCCGUGCACGACUGCUGCAAAAAAGCCUGUUACUCUUAUCAAAAAUGUCUUCUCACCAAACCCGAAUGGGCAUGCUAUGCUGACACACUGGAUUACAUAUGCAAAUGCAGAAGUAUAUCGAAGCCCAAGUUUCCAUUCUUGGAAACCAAAGGACAGAAAAAAACCCAAUAAUGACUUUUAGCUUUAUAGGUUUGAUAUCUGAUGUAAUGAAUGUUUUUGCUGGUAAAUAAAGAAUAAACUAGCUUUCCUCCAUACCUAUUGCGAUAUAAUUUUCUGUUGAGACGCCGGUGUUUUUUAAAACCAUUUUCAUAUAACUUUUAGCCUUUAUAUACAAUGUCAUAUUAAAUUGAAGUUUCGCAUCAUGCCUGCAUUGUAAAAGAUAGUGUUAUACUCUGUACUUACAAAUAUCGUACUUUGUCAAACUAUCUUAUAGCUUGCUUCGUUCUUGACUGAUAUUUUAACAAUUUUUGAUAUGCAAAUUUAUCCUCACUAUGACGUCAUAUUGCAUAAUAACUUUCUGAAAAACCCUUCAAGAUCUUGGAAUAUCGUGCAUCGAAAUAAUAAAACAAUUGAUGUGCACGUUAUGUGGAAAUACUACAAAUAAAUAUUGUUAAAUAGUUAGUGUCAAAGUUCAAUUUUUCUGUUUGCCGAUUGGUCAAAACCGUGUCACGUGCCGGUCCACAAAACGUCAUGUUCGGCAACCGCUUAACCUGAAGUUCAGGCCCUAUCACAGAAUAGGGCCUGACACAAAACCUAUCUAAAGUGUGGGAUUCCCGUCCACCUGGUGGACGGGAAAUCUGAUUGGUUGAUCAGCAUCAUGAAGGAUUUUGAUUGGUUGCAAGUUCACAUAAACAACAGUUUUAAAAAUAGCUCGGUCAAGGCGAGAAUUAAUAUAAAGGUCAAACGCACAUAACAAAUUCCAUUAUCGAUUUCUUCGAAUUUCUUUUCUUUUAUGCUUUAUGGCAGAAAAUAAAUCAAACAAACAGUAUUUUGAAAGGGCUUCAUCAAAAUCUUUGACGAAUUUUGGAUACACACGACGCUGAAAUAACAGCCAAACUAGU